AUGACAGACUAUAUUACAUUGAUAAAAAAAAAAGAACAACUCUUAAAGGAACAAGAAGCAGAAUAUGAGAGUCUAUUGAAGAGCUAUGGCCAAUCCUGUUUGAAGCAUGGAAUAACGAUUCCUCCAAAGCAAAUUUUAGCAACCCACAUAUCUAAAUUAAAGGAAUAUAAUGAAUUAAGAGACACAGGUUUGAAACUCAUUCAAUUGAUUGCCAAUGAAAAAAAUUGUCCUUUGAAAACCAUUUUUGAAGAAAUGGGCCAUCAAAUGAAGGACACUUAA